GACGAAGACGACGGAGACAACGGCAGCAUCCCCAUGGUAACGUUAGAAGUUAUGUCGGAUGCUUCAAACACCGAUCUAAUAAUAAUAGAUGAAAACUUUGUGAAUGAAAGUACCCCUAACUUUGAUGAUGAUACCCUUAACAAAGAAACCGGAGUGCACUUUUUAACUGAACAGAUGAAUGACGAGUCUACAUCUAAACAGAACGAAGAAAAAGAGGGUACGAAGGAAACACCAAAGGGAAGACAUGAGUUAUUGGAGUACUUAUUACGUCACGACGGUAGUGUUAUUUGUAAGAUGUGUGGCGAAGUAUUACAGACUCGCACCCAUUGGUACAGGCAUAAGUACAAGCGUCACGCCCCGCAUCAGACAAAUUCUACGCCUCUAUUUCAGUGCGAACAAUGUUUCGUCUACUUUAAAAGUCGAAAAGGAUAUAUUGGCCAUUUAGCAAGUAGACAUAGUGAGUUACUAUCAGACUCCAGUCCAGUAUUAACUAAUACCCCGCCAGAGACAUGCACAAAAGCACAAGAAAAUAUUCAAGUGACACAUGAAAUGAAGGAGGAGUUCGAUCCGGAACCAGCGAUACCACAACCGACUGAAUAUACUUACCAAGAUACCACAAUAAAGCAAGUGCCUACAAGACCUACCGAAACGAAAAAAUCUUAUAAAAACAAAGAACUAAAUACAGUUAAACAAGCGGAAUGGGAGGAGAAACGAUCACGGGAGGAAAAAUUGGUUGCCGAUAUCAUAGACCGUGUACGACGUGAAUGCGAGGCACAGCCGAAUCGUGGGAGCGCCCCUGCCCGCCGGGGCUACUCUCGCCGUGCCAAUGUUAUGCACUCUUUGCGCCGAACAGACGCGCUGUCGUAAGCACGACUCAUGAAGUUCCUCUAGAAUAGCUUUACCUAAUAUUAAAGAGGUCAAACAAUAUAUAGGUAUACGAGAUGUGUUCUUUAACGAGGUACUGUCAGAAGUAAAUAAAUAGUUAUUACUUUGUAGCUUCGCGCUUCUAUUCACAUGCUCCUGCUCUAGUCGUGAUAGAUUUUAUCAAAGUAGCUAUCCAAUCAGUGUAGUAAGGAUGAUAAAACGGGGAGCGCUACUCAAAAUGCAUCCUACGAUCGAAUCAGGCCCAUGGAACUAUUUGGAAUUUAUUAAUUACAAUAUACCUAUACUUAAUCUGACCGAAAUAAUCGGCCUAGUCUAAGAUCUAAGUAAUGGAACUGACUUUUUUGAAGUUGUGCGUAUAUUUUGUGCCAAGUGUAUGUAAAUAAGUACUGUGCCAAAAAAUAACGAAAAUUAUGUGCCAGCGGCUGUCCAGAAUUUGUAAAUAUCUAUAAAUAUAAUAUUGUCAGUGUCUACCCAUUUUAAGUAGAUAUUUAACCAUUUUUGUGGAUUAAUAAAAUGUAAGUCUAUGUAUUGCAACUAGGUAGGUAAAAAUCUUAGGAGUGAAGCCAUUUUAAAAUGAUUCAUUGUGUUCCUAUUAGAUAGUCUUCAUUCAUAUCAAUAAUUUUAACAGGAGUACUUGAUUUUGAAAAUUUUUAUUGAAAAAAAUUGAUAAAUAAAAUUUAACGCAUUUUUAAUGGAAAAUCGAUUAUUCAUGUGAGGCAUACAUUUUGAAUCGAUCGUACGCAGGCACUUGUUAUAAAAAUUAAUAGGUAAGACUUGAAACAUAAACGAUUGUCAUUCCACAUAGUCGUCUACAAAAAAAAUACUCAUGGCCAGUUUCACGUGAUUAGUUAGAUAAUGAAGAAAAAACCUAAGUAGGCCUAGGUAUCCGAAACUAUUUUUCAUAUAAAUAUAGGUAGUAAAAUCUUGGCGAAUACCUAUAUUAUCAUAACUGUAAAAAAAAUCUGUCCCGUCUUCGUCUACGUUGAAUUUAUUGUUAAACGGCUAUAAUUAUUUAGGAACGAAAUGUGAGACUGAAAGUAAAAAUUAAAGAUAGGGUUUUCCUGAAAUGCCUACGUUAUUAGGAAUAGCUUAACCGAAAUUCUAUUCUUCAUGUAAAUAUAUUCCUAGAUAAUCCAUACGUAUUUACGGGAUUUUAAAUUUUGUCGCAUAACCUAAUAAAUAUAAAACGGUUUCCUAAAUAUGUGGUAUCUAUGCAUAUUUACCUAAUAUACGAUUGUAUGGGCGCCAUCAUAAGUCUUGGAAACGAGUUAUUCGUAGCUAAUUAAAAAAAUAAUUCUAAAUCAGGGUUCCAUGCUUCACCUAAAUUGGAACCAUUGCAAUUUUGAAAUACAUUUAUCAGUGCGGUAGGUACCUAUGUAUUUAUUUUAUUCAUAGUCUGUGUAUUCAUUAAGUUUUGUAAUCAUAGAAAAUAAUUGUGUCAAAUUUGUAAAUAUACAUGACAUUAAAAAACUGUGAUGAAUGUGGCUCAGAAAUAUAACGUAAUAAGUAUAA